GUACUGCGCAUGCGUGAUUCGUAAAGCUUGCCGGGAAGGAUAUCGUUGAAAACCGGUGUGAAAGUAUUUUCAUUUUUCAUCUCAAAAAUCGUCGAAAUUGUUCAUUAUUUCGCCCAGGAAAUUGCACUAGAGCCAUGGAUACGACAUAUACACCAAGGUAAAUAUGUGUAUUAUACUAUAUGCGUUGAAAAUAUGGCAAAAACGGGCAGAAAAUUGACGAAAACGGCCUUGAAUUUGCGACGUUUUGAUCUGCAGUGGCCAGCUAGUGAUCUGUCCAAUGGCCAUUUCUGAACAUGUUGUGUUUUUGCGUGGUUUCCGGUGGCGAUAUUUGGCCGAAAGGGUUAAUAAUGCUUCAGAUGAGAUGCGAUAAUCUCUCGAAAAACCCUGUGCGUUUUGUAAAGUGGGGUUAAUUCUGGAAAAUUAAUAUAAAACCGUUGACAACGAGCUAUCGUAUAUUGGCUACCGCCCAUCGUCUGAAGCUGCCCAAAGCGACUACAAAUUGUAAACAUAGUUUUAUUUUUAUUAAAUGUACAAUCUAUUAGCCUCCAAUUCAGGGUUUGGGAGGCUGAUUGAUAAUGACAACAUGCUUUUGCAAAGGGCAGGUCAUAAAUGGUAUUCUAUUUUGAUUUGCAUACAUGUUUAUGUCCUGUCUUGCUUUUCAGGACGCGAUGAGACUCGUUUUUGACAUUAUCCGAAGUGUUGAGGAAUUUAUUGUAUGCUUGGGUCUUUAACUAUGGUUUUAACACCACGUCAGAAAGAGGAAUUGUAAGUCUUAUUGUAAAUUUGUAAUGUACACUUGUGUAAAAUUAAUUUGAUUUAAUUAUAACUAAACGUUGUUUUGUAUUCAUGUCAGCCAUUCUAAAGAAAUGUCAAUAUGCAUUACUUUGUACAACCAAAGUUAUGCAGACGUUUUAGUGUGUGCCUAGCAGUUUAUAUUUGGAUUGCCUCUGUUGUAAAUAAUAUUGUGAUAUUGUGUUGACCGAGACUUAUUUGAUAAGAAAUGGCAAACACCCAAUAAUAAUGUUAGUUAUUUGACAUUGUUAUUUUGCCACAUCCAUGUUCAAAUAUUUGCCACGGAAAACGUCAAAUUGAGGUUUUAUAACAAACAUACUUGCAGGUUCGGUGAAUCAGAGAUUGGACGCACUGAGGGUGGCUGGAAGUUUCCUGAACUCACCGAGCGACGAAGCUCGGUAAGUUUGGGAAACUUCUGGCCACCCUUGGUGCGUCCAAUCCCUGACUCACCGAACCUGCAAGUAUGUUUGGUUUUAUCACAUGCCAUUUCGGUAUAAAGUACUGAAGAGUUUACGCAUUUUAGUCCAUAAUUUCUUGUUUGGAUAACAAACAUUGUAGCUGCCAACAUACUACACAAACAAACAAACAUAGCCAUGUCAUAAGCUUAAAUUAAACCUAAAAAAUUCUCUACAAUAUUCCCUUAUUCUUGAAAAGAGAAAAUGCACACAUUCUGUGAAAACAUUGCCAAGAUUUAUAUAAACCUGCUCGUGCCGAACAAAUUUCGGUGGCCAUAUUUUCUUCCACUUUGAAUACAGAAUUUUCCAUUUUCAUCAAACAAAAUAAAAAAAUAAUAAUUAUAAAACAAUUAAAAACAGUUAAUUUAUUUUUUAUUUAAAUCUUUGUCGGAAAUUUGUUCAAAUCGCUUCAUAAUGCCUGCCGCAGAAACAUUGAUCUCGAACCCCCCCCCUCCCAAACAUACAUCAGCAGGUGGGUUCGAGAUUGAACGCACCUCCUUGUAGCCAAUAGGAAAGCUGCUAAUACGCAAGGUACGAGAUAAUUAUCCAAAUCCACCCACCCAGCCUUGAAAAUGUCAAGCGUGGUAUAACUUUUGACAAGCUUUUGGACAACUACAUUACCACAGUGAAAUUCGCGAAAAACAUCAAAGAUUAAAGCCCAGGUUACACUACACAACGAUAACGAUAUACGACAACUUGUUUACGCGCGUUGAUUGGUCAAAAAUUUAUUGUUAAUGUCCAACUGAAAAAAAAUCGCUCAGGUGAGCGAUUUUAAAAUCAUCGUCAAACGAUCAUUUUAUCAUAUUCGUUGUAGUGUGGACACUUUAGAACACAAUUUGUUUGCCAAUUAUUGCGUGUUUACAAUUGAUCAUAUCGCCAUCAUUGUGUAGUGUGACCAGGCCUUAACACUUAUGACCCAACUACCCACGCAAAACGUCAAUUUGAUGUUUUGCACAGCAUCUUGAAUAUGGAUGUGACCCUUUAAGGGCCAUCUACAUUAUACAACUAGUCACAUAUGAUUGUAUUGCCAUUCUGGUAUAUGACCUAAAUGUGUGUAAAGACAUCACAUUUUCAAAUUCCAUCAUAAACUGAUGAACAGGAAUAAUGGUGUCAGGAGUUGCUUUCAUAUGCCAGAAUGAUAAUUGUAUAGGUUAACUUUCAAUUUCCUCAAUGGGUUAGGUGUGAAUGCAUUAAACCAGUGAUAAUAUAGCAAGUUUCCAUACAACAAGUUUUCAUAUGACAAGUACCCAUAUGUAAAAUGUACUAUGUUGUCAAUCAAAAUUCCAACUGGUCAGGCCUUUUGGCCAAAAUGCCGUCACAUUGCCAAUCCUUUCUGAGAGCAAAAAUGUGGGCUGGUACUGAACUUUUGCUCACAGGGUGGGGCUAGAACUGAAUGAAAUGAAAUGAAUGAAAUGGGGAAAUGAUGGCGUUGCCCAAAUGUUGUAUUGUAAUAGCAAGAUUUUUAUUUUAAGGAACAAGGCUAUUGCCGACUAUCUUCAAUCCUCUGGUUUCUCUGCAACUCUAGAAGCUUUUAAAAAUGAUGCCAGUUUAGUGAGUACCGAUUGUGGAAUUACUAUUUGCACGGUAUGAUAAGAAUCUUGUAUUAUAAAUGAAAUGUACCAUUAUGCACAUUUUUGCUUUUUUUAGCCAGAGGAAACAGAUAAAAAAUACUCUGGACUACUUGAGAAAAAAUGGAUCUCAGUUAUUCGACUUCAGAAAAAGGUUUGUGGAUUUUAGAUCAGGCAGGUCUAGUUGGGGUAGGGGUGUGGGUGCUUAUCGAACCGUGGUUAUGGUUUCAUGUGCAACCUUCGACUAAGUACCAAUGACUUGAGGGACCUGUGGGUAAUGUAUGGCCAGCAGUAUAUUCUGGUUUAUCCUUAUCAAGGUUUAUCCUUAUCAAGGUUUAUCCUUAUCAAGGUUUAUCCUUAUUAAGGUUUAUCCUUAUCCAACCUUCGCAACCUAACCCAUUGAGUCACAUUGCGCCCUACUUUAUUAUUUUACUCGUCAAGGGGAGAGCAUGCCAGCUUAACGGGUUAAAAUGUCAAGGCUCAUUAAAAUUUCAAUAUUCAUUUACAGUGAUUAUUGACUGAGACUGUUGGGAAACAGUAUGUUUUGUGGACUCGAGACUACCAAUAUUUCCCGAGACAAAGCAGAGGGGAACAUUGGCAGUUGAGGGUCCAUAAAACAUACUGUUUCCUGACAGUCCCAGUCAGUCAGUAAGUAUUUUAACUUACUAUAUACCAAAUGUCAAAGAAAACAGAAAAAGAGGGAAACUUCCAUAGAGAUAAACCAUUUUGUUUGUUUUUAGGUUAUGGAGUUAGAAUCAAAAUUGGCUGAAGCUGAAAAGGAGGUCCAUUUUGGAGGUACGAGGGCUGGAAAUAAUACAUAAUUGUAUCUCAAUUGCUCAAAGGUGGGAUGCAGAAUGUUUACUUCCAAGGGUG